AUGGCUGAUCUAAGUGACCCCCGCAUUCAACAAGCUUACACCGAGAUUGAACAAUAUGAAGACACCAACUGGAUGUUGCUUGGUUACAAUGACACCCGAGACGUUAUUUCCUUGUACUCCAAGGGUGAAGGUGGUUUAAGCGAAUUCCGCAACCAUCUCUCGGAUGAAGUAUUAUAUGGUUUCGUACGAGUGGAAGAUCGAUUCAUUCUUAUCACUUGGGUAUCAGAACAAGUCAGCGGCGUACGUCGAGCCCGUGCACUUGUACACAGUCGAGCUGUUGCUAGUCUUUUGAAAUCACAUCACGCACAGAUCACCGCAUCCUCCAUGAAUGAUUUAAGCGACAAUAACAUCCGCACACGUCUCAAGAUUGGUGAGAAUCAGGUCCCCAAUCGAUCACGCCCAUCAUCCAUGUCUGAACGUAAAAGAUCAUCCAUGUCGAGCAACAAACGUCAAUCAACCCAACAAUCCAUUCCACCUUCUCCUCAGCCUAACCCUCAACGUGAAUCUACAAUGACGGAUGAACCCGAUUCUUUUGUGGAAGCAAGUGAUGAAUUCCCAACGUCUCCUGUGACACCUACUGCUCCAACAUCAUCAUCCGAACAAUAUCAACAACAACAGCAGGAAGAAAACAAGACAUCAUCACAAGUGGUGGAUGCAUCACGUCAACAACAGGAAGAUGAAAAGAAACAAGCAGCCAUUGCAGCAGCACGUGAACGUGCUCGUGUGGAGGAAGAGGAACGUACAAAACGUGCUGAACAAGAGGCUCAAGCCCGUGCUGAGCAAGAAGCUCGAGCAAAGAAACAACGUGAACAAGAAGAAUUGAAGCGUCAACAAGCCCUCAAGGCUCAAGAAGAGGAAAAGAAAAAGAAGGCCGAAGCUGAAAAGCGUCAACGUGAGGAGCAACAAGCAAUGCAACGUCGAAUGCAGGAGGCUGAGAAAAACAAGGAUGUAUUGCUUGUAGGAUAUGCUUCUAUUCAACCAAGCACUAGCCCAUUUUGGCGACGUCGAUACCUUGAAAUCCGUGGCAAAAGUUUGGUCUUGUACCGCGAUGAACUUGCACAAACACCUGUCACUGUGAUUGAUCUCAAGAGUGUAACCCGUUUGAGUGGAAUUGAUCAGGAACGUGAGACAUUCUUGCCCAAUGCGUUUGUGCUUGAUACGCAAAAGGAUGGCUCCUAUCAGUUGUGUGCUGAUAAUAACAAAGAUCGUCAAACCAUCUUCACUGCUCUUCAAACCGUUACCCAAACGAAAUAA